CUUUGGGCAGAGAGCGUAUUACAGAGCCCGGCAAGUCUCCCGUCCACUCCUCCAAAGUUUCCGGUCGGGUGAUUCAUCGGAAGAUUGCCGAUGGCAUUUCUCGUGGCCUUUCUCCAGAUGUUUUUGGUCACCGCCUUCCUCACGCUCGCCCUUACGGACGGGAGGAUCCCGACCUUUAAGGCAGCCGCUCAUUCUGGCGGUGGAAGCUCAUCGGGUCACGCCGAUAAGUCAGGCGUCUUCCUGUGGCCGAUCCCCAAGGAAUUCCUGUACGGUAACGAGACGCUCACCGUUGACCCGGGCCUCUCCCUCGAAGCUAGCGGAGGGGGCGGGAACUCGUCCUUGAUCGAGUCCGCGUUCCGCAGGUACAAGUCUUACGUGUUCAAGCACCACGGAAAGUACUCGGGCCCGAGAUCGGCGAGGAAGUUCCGUUACGACGUCUCGAAGCUGACGGUAGUCGUGAAUUCCGGAGAUCAGAACCUAAAACUUGGCACUGACGAGAGCUAUGCACUUUACGUGUCGAAAGGAGAUGGACAAUCCAUUCUGCAAGGAGCUACUCUUGAGGCAAAUACUGUCUAUGGGGCUUUACGCGGGCUAGAGACCUUUAGUCAAUUGUGUACUUUUAAUUUCUUGACGAAAGAUGUGGAAAUAUACAAAGCACCAUGGCAUAUUCAGGAUGAGCCUAGGUUUCCAUAUCGUGGACUUCUUCUUGAUACAUCACGGCACUUUUUGCCAAUGACAGUAAUCAAAGGGGUAAUCGAGUCUAUGUCAUAUGCUAAACUUAAUAUUCUCCAUUGGCAUAUCAUAGAUGAACAGUCAUUUCCUUUGGAGGUCCCUUCAUUUCCUAAAUUAUGGAAUGGAGCAUACACAAAGUGGGAGCGCUAUACGACUGAUGAUGCAUCUGAAAUUGUGGAGUUUGCUAGAAGCAGAGGUAUCAAUGUCAUGGCAGAAGUAGAUGUACCUGGCCAUGCAGAAUCAUGGGGAGUUGGUUAUCCAAAACUUUGGCCUUCAAAAACUUGCAAGGAGCCACUUGAUGUCAGCAAAAAUUUCACAUUUGAUGUUAUUUCUGGAAUAUUGUCAGAUAUGAGGAAAAUUUUUCCAUUUGAGCUAUUUCAUUUGGGUGGUGAUGAGGUCAAUACAGAUUGUUGGAAGUCGACAGCUCAUGUGAACCAAUGGCUUGAAGAGCAUAAUAUGACUGGAAAAGAUGCAUAUCAGUAUUUUGUGUUGAAGGCUCAGAAGAUAGCAACUUCCCAUGGUUGGAAUCCUGUAAAUUGGGAGGAAACUUUUAACACAUUUAAAGAAAAACUAAGUCCGAAUACUGUGGUGCACAAUUGGUUGGGCCCAGGGGUUUGCCCCUUAGCAGUGGCCAAAGGUUUCAAGUGCAUUGUAAGCAAUCAAGGGGUUUGGUAUCUGGAUCAUCUGGACGUUCCUUGGGAGAAGUUUUACUACAAUGAACCUCUUGAAGGAAUAAAACAUGCUUCCCAGCAAAAGCUUGUUCUUGGAGGGGAAAUUUGUAUGUGGGGUGAAACAGUGGAUGCCUCAGAUAUUCAGCAAACAAUAUGGCCUCGCGCUGCAGCUGCUGCAGAGCGGUUAUGGAGCACCCGGGAAUCUACUUCUGCUGAUAAUGCAACUGUGUUGCCAAGGCUAGAGUACUUCAGAUGCUUGCUCAACCAGCGGGGAGUUGCAGCAGCUCCAGUCACAAAUGACCAUGGCAGGAUGCCGCCUACCGGUCCAGGUUCUUGCUAUGAGCAAUAAUCUUAGGAUCUUAUUUUUUCUUAUGUAUCGUGCAUCCAUAUUGUGCCACGUGGCUCUUUGCCAUCAUUAUUGUUUAUUUAGUGUUUUAAUGGCGUGUAAAUUACAAUCUGAAUUGGUGCAAUAAGCAGAAAGCUUUCUAAACC